AUGUACACCCCAAAACAGGAAGUGCAAUAUGUAUUCCCUGAUCUAUCGAUACAAUAUGGCGACUUAAUGAUGAUAAUGUUCGAGACUAGAAUAGAAGAAGCUUUGAAUUCUAGCGGUAAUUUUAUACCUUUAAAACCUCAUAAACAUCAUCAUCAUACUGAAACUUCACUUUCAGAAACAAAAACUGAUGCUGGUGUGGAUUCGGUACCGAUGGGUUUUGACACGGAUAUCAUGAAAAUGACUAACGAACAACCACACAUAGAAAACGUACAACAAUAUAACGAUUACAACUUAGUUGGAGGCAAUCAUCAAGAUUUUUUUAAUGAAGAUACACACAAACACGAACACGGUCAAGAUAAGCUAGAUCCAGGAGUUACGAGUGACAGUUUGUCAGCAAAUGAACGUGAUAUUUCUGAGUAUAUGUUACCAAAUGCAGAUGGCGUUGUAAAGAACUGUUCUCCUCUUAAUAAGGACUGUAACGUGUCUUCGUUAAACAAAAAAGGCAUAAAAGUUUUGCCAGUUGAAAAUCUGAUAUUAGAAUAUCCAACAAAUUCUGAAAGGGAAAGCGAGGAAGUAAUAACGGGUGAUCAUAGCCAUGACACUCAUACUCAUGGAAUAAACCAUAAAAAAAAUCUCGAGCAUCAUCACGAUUAUUCGAAAAGUGAAUUGAAUGUUGACAAUAUUUUUGAUCCUAUCGCCUCUUUAUAUGGAUUACACACAAAUUUCAACGAAUGGUUCAACCAACAAAUAUACGUCUUGAAUAACAAUGAUAAACAGCUAGACAGCAUUUAUGAUCUGGAAUAUCUAAAAUUAAAAAUACGUGAGAUCCUUCAAGAUAACCGAAUUAAAAUUAUAGACGGAAUACUGUAUAACAAAAACGGUGUACCCAUUAAUGCUGCUAAUUUGAAGUUGCAUCUUAUAUCUAUAGGCGACACCAGUCUGUAUAAAAAUUUACUUAAUUUGAAAGGCAUUUCAUCUUUGUUACCUACUAAUUUAAAGAAUGUAGAUAUUAUUGCAGUAACUCAAACCUUUCCAUCAAAAUUAUUGGGAGUCGUACCAUUGAAAAAAGCUUGCGAUUCACACACACCUUACAGGAGGAUGUAUCGCAAUCCGGCAAUCUAUCCCAUGGGAUGGCAACCGAAUCCACAUGUUCAUAAUACCCCAUACUAUUUUUCUUCUCCAUACUUCUCUUAUCCGUACAAUAGGCGUUCAGCUGCUAUACCCAGUAAUUAUCCUAUUUAUUGGUACCAAACAGGACAACACAAUAACAAAAGGAAAAAUUCUCCUCGAAUCGGCAAACUUCAUAAAAAACCACUUGACUCUCUCAAAUCGCUAUUUGAUCUACGUGUCGGGUCACUCUCUCUGCCGGGUACAGUAAUUGAUCUUCUUAAUUCUGUAGCAAACCCUAAUGAUGUGGCAAAAGACGAAGAUUAUGAAAUUUAUGAUGAUAUUGGAAUAAGAAUAAUCGGUGGAAACCCAGCAACCAGCAGCGGUACACCUAUAAGCAAUAAGGGAAGAUCAGCUGCACUUUACAUUUAA